GCCUGCAUCCUCCUGUCUCUGACUCUUUCUUUCCUACUCGUGCAACUCGGAGUUUAACAGCUGAGAACAUAAGAAAAAAAAUUAAAAAAGAAAAAAAACAGAGAAAAGUUACCGCUCUACCAGGCGACCCACAACAAUGACCCCGUCCUGACUAAAUUUGAAUGGAUUAAGCCAAUCUAUUCCGAGCUCUAAUGAGAUUAGAGAGUCAGCGCCGACGUGGGUCGCGGCGGCGUGGCACCUUUCGUUGAGCUCCUCGGGGAACAUUUGCCCCCGUCAAGCCAGCAGACCUGCCGGCGUGGAAAUGGCGCUUCUGAUGCCGCGGACGGGAGCGGAGAAUAAUAGACGUUUGAAUGCACGCUCACCUGUGCUGCUUUUGUGGCGCACGGAUUCCUAGAAGUGAAGGGAGAGUUAGCAGCGGCGGCGGCGGCGGCGGCGGCGGUGUGAGUAGUUGUGCAAAACGGAGGAGAAAUGAAGUACCAGAAAUAUAUAACAGUGAUGCAGAUGGCCAUGGGAGUGACAGCUUCAAACAAAGACUGCCUCCCCACUAAGAGACAGCUGUGGGUCACCCCACAAGAAGGAGAUGCAUCCCCCUCAGAUGCUUCCGGGUCUUCUAGUGGACCAGUAGGUGCUACUGGUGGCGCUGGUGCUAUAGCUUUGCCUGCCACCUCAACCCUCUCGUUGCCUCUGAGCCAAGCUAAACCUUCUCUGCGUCGCAUCAAGGGUCGCAUCCAUCGCAGCAAGAGUCUGGACAGCAUGGACCUGCUUGACUCUAACAGUGCGGCAAUGGAAGAAACAAUAAUAUGGGAACAGCACACAGUAACUCUUCACAGGGCACCUGGAUUUGGGUUUGGGAUUGCCAUCUCCGGCGGACGAGACAACCCUCACUUCCAGAGUGGAGAGACGUCCAUUGUUAUAUCCGAUGUGUUGAAAGGAGGACCUGCAGAGGGUCUGCUACAAGAAAACGAUCGAGUUGUGAUGGUCAACGGCGUCUCCAUGGAUAACGUAGAGCAUGCGUAUGCUGUUCAGCAGCUGCGCAAGAGUGGCAAAAACGCAAAGAUUACUAUUCGUCGGAAAAGAAAAGUACAAAUCCCAGUUUCCAAGCCCGGCGACCGGGAGACGAUGUCCGAGCACGAGGAAGAGUACAGCGAUGAGGACGAUGGUUACGAUCGCCAGGGCGAUCGGAACCGCCAAAGUGCCUACGGGGGCACAAGCGGAGGCCCUGGCAGGCGUCACGACCGGGAGCGGAGCAACAGCGGGAGGCGGGAUCACAGUAACUCACAGGAGAGAAGCAUUUCACCACGAUCUGAUCACCGAUCACAUUCCUCAUCUGCUCCUUCUAAGCCCUCCAAGGUCACCCUGGUCAAGUCCCGCAAAAAUGAAGAAUAUGGCCUACGACUGGCCAGCCACAUCUUCGUGAAAGACAUUUCUCCAGAGAGCCUGGCUGCCAGAGAUGGAAACAUCCGGGAGGGAGAUGUUGUGCUAAAGAUCAAUGGCACCGUUACAGAGAACCUCUCGCUGAUAGAUGCCAAGAAGCUGAUCGAGAGGUCAAAGGGCAAGCUGAAGAUGGUGGUGCAGAGAGAUGAAAGAGCCACGCUGCUCAACAUUCCCGACCUUGAUGAUAGCAUCCCGUCAGCCAAUAACUCAGACAGAGAUGACAUUUCAGAGAUCCAUUCGCUGACAUCUGACCAUUCCAACCGAUCCCAUGGGAUAGGUCAAUCACACUCACCUGACAGGCCGGAGACCGCAGACCUCCCCCGCCAAUCCCCUCGGCAGAUAAGCAACGGCAGCUAUCGGAGUCGAGAGGAGGACCGCAUCUCCAAACCAGGGGGCAUGUCCACACCGGUCAAACUCUUUGAUGAUGGCGUGUUGUCUCAGGCCAGCGACCAGGCCAGCUCCAGCAAUGACAAACAGUUACCUCCGCUGCCUGAACCAAAGCCAGUUUAUGCACAGCCUGGUCAGCCAGAUGUAGACCUGCCUGUCAGCCCCUCUGAUGCACCGGUGCCCAGCGCCGCUCAUGACGAAAGCAUCCUCAGGCCAAGUAUGAAGUUGGUCAAAUUCAAGAAGGGAGAGAGUGUUGGGCUGCGGUUAGCAGGGGGGAACGACGUGGGAAUAUUUGUGGCAGGAGUUUUAGAGGAUAGUCCAGCUGCCAAGGAGGGGUUGGAGGAGGGGGACCAGAUUCUCAGGAGUUUGCAUGUAUAUGAUGGGUGUCUCAGGGAGGGAAAUGAAGCAGACGUCUGGUCUGAAGCAAAAGUUUCAGCAACUAAUGUCAACAAUGUGGACUUCGCCAACAUCAUCCGAGAAGAGGCAGUUCUGUUUCUGCUGGAUCUCCCAAGAGGAGACAUGGUUACCAUUCUGGCACAGAAGAAAAAAGACGUGUAUAGGAAGAUUGUGGAGUCGGACGUUGGCGACUCCUUCUACAUUCGGACACAUUUCGAGUAUGAAAAGGAAUCUCCGUACGGCCUGAGCUUUAACAAGGGCGAGGUUUUCCGUGUGGUAGAUACGCUCUACAAUGGCAAGUUGGGUUCCUGGCUCGCUAUCCGCAUUGGGAAGAAUCACCAAGAAGUGGAAAGAGGCAUCAUUCCCAACAAGAACAGAGCGGAGCAGCUGUCUAGUGUGCAGUACACCCUUCCUAAAACUCCAGGGGGCGACAGAGCGGACUUCUGGAGGUUCAGAGGGUUGCGAAGUUCUAAGAGGAAUUUGCGGAAAAGCCGGGAGGACCUGUCGGCUCAGCCGGUUCAGACCAAGUUCCCAGCCUAUGAGAGGGUUGUGCUGAGGGAAGCUGGAUUCCUGAGGCCAGUGGUUAUCUUUGGGCCGAUCGCAGAUGUGGCCAGAGAGAAGCUGGCCAGGGAGGAGCCAGACAUUUUUGAACUAGCAAAAACACAGCAACAACAAGGAGGGGAAAGGAGCGAACCGAGGGAUGCAGGAACGAACCAGAAAAGCUCGGGCAUCAUUCGCCUGCAUACCAUCAAGCAGAUCAUUGAUAAAGACAAGCAUGCGGUGCUGGACAUCACCCCCAACGCUGUGGACCGUCUGAACUACGCCCAGUGGUAUCCCAUUGUUGUGUUUCUAAACCCAGACACCAAACAGGGGGUCAAAACCAUGAGGACUCGGCUCUGCCCCGAUUCUAGAAAGAGUGCAAGAAAGCUUUUUGAUCGAGCUCUCAAGUUACGGAAGAACAACCACCACCUCUUCACCACAACCAUUAACCUGAACAGCAUGAAUGACGGUUGGUUUGGAGCCCUGAAAGAAAUAAUCCAGCAGCAGCAGAACCAGUUGGUGUGGGUGUCAGAAGGAAAGGCUGAUGGGGCAACCGAUGACGACUUAGACCUCCAUGACGACCGCCUCUCCUACCUGUCAGCACCGGGCAGUGAGUAUUCCAUGUACAGCACCGACAGCCGGCACACCUCCGACUACGAGGAUACGGACACGGAGGGCGGGGCCUACACUGACCAGGAGUUGGACGAGACGCUGAACGACGACGUGGGUCUGCCCGUCGAGCCGGCCAUCACGCGCUCUUCAGAGCCCGUCCGUGAGGAGCCGCCAGUCAUCCAGGAGCCCCCUGGCUACGUGGCCUACUCUCACUCGGCGCAGCCGGACCCGCUGAACCGCAUCGAUCCGGCUGGGUUCAAAGCCCCAGUGCCGCAGCAGAAAGCAGAGGCCACACCUAGCAUCUCCAGGCAGCCUGAGCCCCUGGCUGAGGCAGUGCCACCUGCUGUCGACGUUACUGUAAAAACUGUAGGGGCUCUGAGCCUCGAUGAGGUUCCUGCAGCUCCUUACAGCAAGCCGAGCCCCAGCCAAGAGGCUGGCUCGCUUAGGAGGCCUACCCUUGAGCUAGCACCUCAGAGCGUCACCCCAGAGCCUCUGCAGUCCGGACUGGCUGGUCCAGAACCAAAGAUCUUUCAGAAGGAUCCGUACGGCAUGGAAAACACGGGGAGAAUCACUAACAGCAUGAAGGCUGUCAAUUACAACCCUCCGCAGCCGUACCACCCCGACCAGCAGUCGUACCGGGAUUAUGACCACCCGCCGAAUCGCUAUGACGUCAGCAGCGGGGCCGGGGCUUACCCGGAGUCGCAGUACAGAAACAACGACCACGUCCCGCUCUAUGAGAACAGCGUGCCUCAGUACGACCAGCAGCAGUGGAAUCCCUACGGCCAGCCGCCCUCUGCUGCCAACUCCCAGGGUUACGAUCUGCGGCUGCGUUACAGUGAUGGCUCCGAUGCGCCAUACACCCCACCUCUACGCUACGACGAGCCCCCACCACAGCAGGGAUUCGAUGUGCGACCUCGCUAUGGCAAACCCACAGGUCCGGGCCCGGUUCAUUACGACGACCUCCCGCCGCCUCCUCAAGGAUCUGACCACGGCUAUGGCCAGAAUUCCCACAUGGGGUAUCCCUCAGCCAGCCGAUCCCCAGAACUCGCCCCCCAACGACCCGCCUAUAACCAAGGACCCAGCUUGCAGCCGAAGGGCUACAAACCUCAGCACUACGACCCGACUCCAGCAAACUCUGUAGCCAGCCUUACGCCUCCUCCUAAAACCGAGACACACUCGCCUUCCCCUGUGGAAGCUGCUAAACCCGCACCUUCCAGAGACGAGCCGCCGGAGGAUGACCCUGCCAUGCGGCCCCAGUCGGUCCUCACCAGGGUCAAGAUGUUUGAGAACAAACGGUCUGUGUCUGUGGACCGUGCCAGAGAUGGAGGGGAAUCCACUGGAAACAAGGCAGCUGAUUUACCCCUGAAAGCAGGUGGUGUGAUCCCUAAAGCAAAUUCUCUGGGCAACCUGGAUCAAGAGAAGAACUUUAGAGCUCCAGAGCCCCAGAGGCUGCAGUCCACGGCAGCCGAUGACAUCGUCCGCUCUAACCAUUACGAUCCUGACGAGGACGAGGAUUACUACAGGAAGCAGCUGUCCUACUUUGACAGACUUCAGACCGGCCCUAACAAACCCCAGCCACAAGCACAAACAACUCACAGCUUCCCCAGGACCGAGUCUGUAGACAAACCGAGUCCAAUGGAGAAAAAGUAUGAACCGGUUCCUCAGGUGACCCCCUCUCUGCCACCAGCCACACUGCCUAAACCGUCAGCUGAAGUCAAGCCUCCAGCCCGAGAAAACACUGUCCAGAGCAACUUCCUGCCUCAGAAGAGUUUCCCCGAAAAGUCUCCAGUUAACGGCACAAGCGAGCAGCCUCCAAAGACGACGGGGGCGCCGUCUAGCUUUAAUCGCUUUGUUCCCAAGCCCUUCACCACCUCAGCCAAACCUUUCGCACGGAUGUUCGAGAGUCCAAAAUUCAACCACAAUCUUCUGUCCAACGAUAAACCUGAGAUUGCACCAAAGGGUCCAACCUCCACUGCAGUAAAGCCUCAGAUACCCCCACAGCCUCCGAACGCGGACCACGACAGCGGCGUGGACACCUUCACACGCACUGUGGACAACCGGCCCAAACACCAGCAGAAUAACGUCAACGCCGUUCCCAAGGCCAUCCCUGUGAGCCCGAGCGCCCUCGAAGACGACGAGGAUGAAGACGAGGGUCACACUGUGGUCGCCACCGCUCGUGGUAUCUUCAACAGUAACGGUGGCGUCCUGAGCUCCAUCGAAACAGGUGUCAGCAUAAUUAUCCCGCAGGGCGCCAUCCCCGAAGGAGUGGAGCAGGAGAUCUACUUCAAGGUCUGCCGAGACAACAGCAUCCUGCCGCCGCUCGACAAGGAGAAAGGAGAGACUUUGCUCAGCCCUCUGGUGAUGUGUGGACCUCACGGCCUCAAGUUCUUGAAGCCUGUGGAGCUGCGCUUACCUCACUGUGCGUCAAUGACCCCUGAUGGUUGGUCUUUUGCUCUAAAAUCCUCCGACUCCUCGUCGGGUGACCCUAAAAACUGGCAGAACAAGUCUCUCCCCGGAGACCCCAACUACCUAGUGGGAGCCAACUGCGUUUCUGUGCUCAUUGACCACUUUUAAGAAGGGACGAAUGGAAUGCUGAAUGUGGGAAAAGUGAAGGCGACGGACUGGAAUCAGAAGACACACACACACACACACACUGCACACGCACUACCGCUGCAGUCCAAGCGUACAAACGCAGCACACAGUGGAGUAUGAAGGAGAGCCGGUCAGUGCUGUUUACCGCACCCAGAUGAAGGCAAGACUGAAAAUCUGUCCUCAGUUUGAAGUUUGGAUGUGAAGUAAAACCCUCUGAUGCAUCUCUAAAAUACCAACACUAAAUAUAAAGUGGAGUUUAUUCAUGUAUCUGGAUGGAUGGCUUUCAAAGCAGCUUACAUGCUUCAGAAAAUUCUCAGUAUAUCUAUGCUAUAUAUGCAUAUAGUAUGUGUAGAAGUAUCGAAAGGAGUUGCUGAAACUGUAUUUCGGAGUUCAUUUCCAAGUUUAUAUUUCAGUUCAGGGGACAGAAUAUGAAGACUUAGACAGGUUGAGGUAACUUUAUUGAAAGUUUGAGAUAUGUAGGGACGUUUGUAGGAAUCCAUUGAAGGAAACGAUGCUAAACCGAAGCAGCACACUUAAAGACUCCUUCACUCCUUCCUUUGUUCUUCCUUUUCCUGUUAAAUCCUGUAGCUUCCUGCCUUUUGCCUCCACCUCCCUGAGCACUCGGUCUUCUCCUUCUGGCCUGAGGGAGAUCUAUGCAUGUCCUUUACUCAGGUUUUGUAACUUUCCUCAGUUCCUACCUGGCAUUUCUUUCCUCUUCCUUCCUGGUUACUCUUGCACUCAUACACACAAAUAAGCAGUGAUGCCUUAUCUGCAGAUUAUUCACUUUUCAUAAAGAGAAAACAUAACUUAUGAUAAAUUAUGGUAUAAUGUCAGUUGUUUUUGCCAUUCUUUUGUGAACCCACUGUAUAAAUAAACUUGGGUUUAGCACACAAUAACAGUUGGCAAAAGAUAACAAAGGUAAGCUCUUCUUUUAUCUGCUAUGCAUUACUGAAAAGGACAGAUAAGAAGUGGCUGUAAAUAAAGCUAGCAUAUUGCCUUGUUUCUUUUCUUUGUAAAUGAACUUUUUGUAUGUCUUUCUUUUUUUUGUAUAAAACUUAGAGAAAACAUAUUAAAAAGCAGAAGAAAGUGAA